AUGAGUUCAAGUUCGAAAUGGGAUACUGUAGCAUUUGGGCUAAGUUUGGCGUGUCUUUCAACUUCUUGCGUAUUGCUCAUCUCAAUUGCCACGUGGCAAUCGCAAAUUCAACAAAUUGCGCAUGAAGCGAUUGUUGAGAUUGAUGAAUUUCAGGUAGGCCUUUUGAGAACGGGAGGGGGCUUUUUUAGGCUUCAUGCAAGCUUCGAAUUGGGCUUCUAGGCUUCAGCGCCCAAAAUUUAGGACGUUUUUCAGGCGACAUCGGACAAAAUUUGGGACCAACUCGUAUUUGUGGCCACCGGUGAGACGAAUCGACAAAAACGACACGCCUAUUUGACACGUCAGCCGACGAUUCGAGUUUGGGGUGAGUUUUUUUGGCGCCAAAAAUAAAAACAAUUCAAUUUUUUUAAUAGAUGGCGGUGUAAACGGCGGAGUGUCGUCAAGCCAAAAUGGACAAUGUAAUUGUGGCGGACCACCCGGGCCACCUGGAUUGAAUGGAGAAGAUGGAUGUGAGUUUUGAAGGGCUUUUCUCAGAUCAGGCCGAAAUUCUGAAUUCCAAGAUCGGAGGGGGCCUUCACAACCGGAAAACACAGAUUUCAAAUGACAAAAACAGCAAGUGCGCUCUAUCGCACAUCCGUUUUAUUUUGUGUGCGAACACUUCGAGCGAUUUCACAGGCAUAAAUUCUUGACUUUUUUAAUUCAGAAAUGCCUGUCGCAGAAAAAAAAAAUUCUCGCGUGAUUCGGGAGGCGGGAUUUAUUUGGCAAGGUGCGGCACGUUUUUUUUUCAAGCAAUAAUUAUUUCUGAUUUUUUGCAUUUCGAAAUUUAGUGAAGAAAAAAAGAUGAAAUCGAAAAAAUUAUUUAAAAAACGUGAAACGUGUAAUCGUGGCAGAGGGCGGAGCCAGUAGGAAAAAAAAGUCAGAAAUUUAUGCCUGUGCGAUUUCAAAAAUAAUUAUUCAAUUUUUGAUAGAAUAACCAACUUAUUUUUUCCCAUUUCUAGAAGAAGCUCGGACAUAUUAUCGAAAAUCUCAUCGGUACCACGCGCUCCACCGAAAUAAACACGCAACGCAGACCGCGCCGCGCCACAACACACCAAAAAAAGGAAGGGAAUUUGAAUCGUUCCCUUAUUUCCGUGUGUUGUGGCGCGGCGCGGUCUGCGUUGCGUGUUCAUUUCGGUGGAGCGCGUGGUACCGAUGAGAUUUUCGAUAAUAUUCUACAUAGGCUGAUUCCUUAUCUCUUCUCAAAUCCCUCUAUUUUUUCAGAUCCCGGAGAACCAGGCUUACCAGGUCAAAACGGCGACGACGAUGUUUCGGUGCAUCGCCACGACCCCGACCGUUGUGCUCAAUGUCCAGCCGGUCCACAAGGCCCUCAAGGCCCUCGAGGCGAUCAAGGACCACCUGGAUUGCCUGGAGCUCCGGGAAUUGAUGGACGAAAUGGGAGACCGGGAACACCCGGAUAUCCGGGAGGCGAUGGAUAUCCAGGACAACCAGGACCUCAAGGAGAUGUUGGAGAAAAAGGUCGGGCAGGUCGAGACGGAAAACGAUAUGUCGGAUUAUCCGGGCCGCCUGGAGCAGAAGGAGCAGCUGGAGAGCCGGGAACUCAAGGACAUCCGGGAGCAAAUGGAAUUCCUGGAGGGCCCGGAGAUUCUGGAGAGGCUGGACCUCCUGGGCAACCUGGUUCGCCUGGAAUUCCUGGGGUUCCUGGGCCACCAGGACCUCAAGGAGCUCAAGGCCCGGAUGGACAAUAUUGCAAGUGUCCAAAAAAGAUUUCAGCUUGA